AUGACACUCAAACGAUUCAGCCUGUUCGCUAGAAAUAUUCAUCUUCCAAAGAAGACAAACGCUGCUUCAGUGGAGAGCAAUGGAAGCUUAGCUCCGACCGAUGAGGAGCUAGAAGUUAUAAACAGCCUUCCGCCUUUUCAGCACGCGCUACAGCUAUCAAGCCAGAGCGCAACAAAGGCAAAAAGAUCAUAUCUGGAAACAAAGCUUCCGAAAGUCCAAAAGCUGUUCAAGAGCAGCAGAGACCCCGCUUAUCUUGCGUACGAUUUCCCUCAAGGUCUGUCAAAUCCAUAUGUUGACGCACAUGCGCGGCCCGUGACCAACCCAGUAACUGGCGAUACGAAGUACCGGGGUACCCCAAGGCUCUCGGUAACCAAGCUUCUUACAAAAAGGUGGUGUGAACUCCGUGAGACCUACGACAUCUAUUCCCGUAUCCCGAUUUUCGAGCACAGCCAAGUGAAGCAGGGACGCAAAGAGCACCAGAGACUUGAGGAAGAAGUUCAUGCACCACCAGCCAAUAUCGAAGAGUUUGAGGCAAACUUUGAAGUCGAUAUACCUGAUGACCCGUUUCACUCUCUCGUGGAGGACUGGUAUCUCUCAAUAGUGAGGCUUGUUACUCUUUUUCAGAAAGGCCAAGCCAGAGAAAUACUCUGUCACGGCUACUUGAGCUCGCGGACGAGCGGUUUCGUCCGUGGGAAGGUCAAAGAUGACAACGAUGUUUUGGUAAGCGGAAUCAUCGAUCACUUAAUAUUGAGGCAACGACGUGCCAAGAACAACGUUCCGUCAAGUCUAACUCAAGUGCUCAGCGAAAGCGUUGACAUUAAUUUGGCUCAGUUUUUAAACCUCCUUCCCUCUUUAGUUCAGCAGGCGAGCAAAGACUUUGAGAUUGUGGUGAGCGAUGUCAAAACAAGAUCUACCAAGACAAUCCCUCGGCAACAGACGGUAGUGAAGGCAUCCAAAAUGCAAGUAAUGUAUUAUCGUUUUCUGCUAGAAGACUUGGGGAGAGACGCCGAAACAACAUACCAGAAGUUGCUUAUCAACGCGCAGCGAAGGGGCUUUAAUGUUGACCAGCCUAUCAACCCUGCUAAAAUUAUAAACUUACUGGAGAUUGACCCCAUGAUAAGAGGUGACAUGGAGCGACUUCAAAGAGGCGACCAAUUAGGGUUCAAGCCCUUCGAUAGCGAAGCCGAAUUAAACACCUCGCAACCAGUCUACACUUUGGAAGAAUUUGACGAAAAAAUCACUGAUUUGCGUACAAGGCAGAAAUACGAGACAUUAUUCACAACAUGGAACACUCCAGUGACGCUACGUUAUUUUGCGGCGCGACUGGCCCUUAUGUAUGAGAAUGUGGGUCCAUUGUUGUCACAAAACUUAAUGAUUGAGUACUAUUGCGGAGACGUUAAUUUCCAUAAUAUCUCGUUUUCAUUUGACGCUGAAGAGCUUGAGCGCCAGAGUUUUGAUAGCGCCCAGUUUUGGUUUGGCAAGCGGGCUAUCGAGCCCAUAAAGCCUAACAUGAAGAACCUCCAGACAUACUGCAAGUACUGCGACUACGAGAGCGUAUGCCUUUGGAGAAAAGAGGGCAGACAGGCAUGCAAAACCCUGGGGCAAGAGCUGGUUCGCCUCUAUAACGGGAAUAGCCCUAAUGCAAUUACUCGUGAAUGA